UGUUUAUAAUGAUGGCGUCGAAUGGAAAUAUAACCUAUGUUCAUGAUGGUGUGUGUGUGUAUGUCAGUGGGCCUCACAAAGACAAAGAGCCCAUAUUCACAGGGAGAGUGACUAUUUCGGAGCAGCCUUAUGGAGGAGUUCUAGAAUGGCAUGCCAAUGAAGAAGUGAAUGAAACAGGAAGGCCACUUUCAAGUCCUGAGACAGAAAAUCUUGAUUGGGAGGAUGUAGCCAGUGGUUUCUCUGCAGGAUAUAAACCUCAUAGCAACCAGUGUUGUGAAUCUAUUGAGCUGAAGCUGGAAACAACAAAGAAGCCUCAAACAAUCAACUUUGAUGUGGCUGAUCUCAAGUCUUAUAAGUGUGUACAGAAGAAAAAAGGAAAGGGUUCUGAAGUGACAUUUUUCUUGAAAGAUGGCUCAACCCCUCCAACUCUGUAUUUUCCAAAAAAUAACCAUAUGUGCCUCAUAAAUGCUUUAGAAAAGUACAUACAGUUUAGAAGGUCAGCUAAGGAUGCACAUUUAUAUCUUGUACACGAACCUCAGAAAGAGGCUCUAGAGAAGAGUUUCAGUGAACUUCAACUCUUCAGAGAACAAUCCAGUGACCUUGUUAAGAGGUUUUUUGAUGAUCCAUAUACAGCUACAAUGGGAGGAUUUUCUAAGGUGACAAAUUUUCUCUUUGAGUAUGUUCUUACUAAUGAAAACUCUCCUACAAAGUGUUCUAAUGAAGAGGUAGUUCAGAUGCUUCAAGAAAGCUUGCCAUCUGUUGAGAUAAAUCAGAAUGAAGAACCUGGCUUUGAGGUUAUAACCUGUAUGGAACUCCCACCAAGACCUGAGGUUAAGAGAGAAGACCCUGUACUUCUUGAUCAGUGGGAAGCACAUCUUGAUUCAGAAGGGCAAGUGAAAGACAUAGAACAGUUGAAACACAAAAUAUUCAAAGGGGGUUUAUUAAAUUCAUUACGGAAAGAAGUGUGGAAGUUCCUUCUGGGAUAUUUUCCUUUCAAUUCUACAAAAAAAGAGCGUGAAAAAUUGAGGAAGAAAAAAAUAGAUGAUUACUACAAAAUGAAACUGCAGUGGAAAAGUAUUACUCCUGAACAAGAAACUAGAUUUUCUGCUUUCCGUGAAAGAAAAAAUCUUAUAGAGAAAGAUGUCAGUAGAACUGACAGGACUCAUCCUUACUUCAUGGGAACUGAGAAUGCCAAUGUUCAGCUGCUCUAUGAUAUUUUGAUGACUUAUUGCAUGUAUAACUUUGAUCUUGGGUAUGUUCAAGGGAUGAGUGACUUGUUAUCACCUAUUCUUGUUGUGAUGGAAAAUGAAGCUGAUGCCUUCUGGUGCUUUGCUGAGUUUAUGGAAAAUGUGGGAUCAAACUUUGAAUUAGACCAGCAAGGAAUGAAGACUCAGCUUCAGCAGCUGUACUCUGUCAUCCAUUUUGCAGACCCCCAUCUGUGUGAUUAUUUAGAAAGCCAUGAUUCUGGUAAUUUGUAUUUCUGCUUUCGAUGGUUGCUAAUCCUCUUUAAACGGGAGUUUAAAUUUCAUGACAUCAUGAGAUUAUGGGAGGUGCUGUGGACUGGACUGCCUUGUAGAAGUUUUCAUCUUUUGAUCUGUUUGGCUAUUUUGGAUGCUGAAAAAAAUACACUAAUGGAGAACCAAUUUGGACUUCCAGAGAUAUUAAAGCACAUAAAUGACAUGUCUUACAAAAUCAACCCAGAAGAAGUUUUAUGUAGAGCAGAAAGUAUUUACCUUCAGCUAAGUCAGUGUCAACAUCUGCCACAAAGUCUUCAAGACAUCUUGGGAAUCCAAGCUCCAGCUCCUCCUUCUCCUGUGUCAAGUAUAGUAUCUCUACCACCAUCAACAGCUUCAGCCCCUAUAGAAGACAUCAGACAUUCAUCCUCAGUCCCAGUUCCAAUAAACAAGACUUCAUCCACCUUAGACCGAUUUAAUGCCAGUCCUCCUAGUGGAAACAGUAGUGUUGAAAACAGCAGUAUAGAAGUUCUACCAGAAGAUUCGGACAUAGAAGCUCGUUAUCAAAUCUCAUUUGAUCUUAUGUCAUGAAGUGCAUCUGUAUAAAGGAACAUUUAUUGCAAACUGCAUAACACAAAUAUGAUGAGUCUCUUUACCAAAAUAGCAGAAUAUUAACAAAUAUAUUAAAAGAGGGUUUUUUGAAUAACAUCAUGUUUUUAGCAAAGGUUAAAAAGGCUGCUAUUUUGAUGUGUGCAUGUAUAUUAAAAAAUACAAACUAUGUGUAUUGUGUAUAUAAUCACAUAAUGCUUGAAGUAAGAUUGUUGUUAGCUUCAAAACUACAUUUUUACUGAAAGAAAUUAUGGACAUAAAAGAGAUUGCUUGAGCUAAUUGCUUUUAAACAAAUAUGUAAUUGUGUAUAAAUUUAUAUACAUAAAAUUUUCUGAAAUACUUAAUAGUCUUAGUCUUUCUUUGGUAUUCAAAAUUUCUUAAAUGGUAAUUCAUCUAUUCUUAUCUCUUUCAUUCAGUUUUUAUGUUUGAAAGAAAAUAUUCUUGUGUCAUAUUCACAAUUACUUUUGAAGUUGGUGUUUGAAUUAAUAUAUAUAUAUAUGUAUAAAGAUUUUCAUUUAUGAAACAAGUGGCUCCCCUGCAGUAUUGCUUUUUUUUAUUUGUAGCUAAUAUUUGACACUGAAGAUUUCAAUGUUAUUUUCUGCAUCCAUUAAUACCAUUCUGCUCUAUUGUUUUAGUAUAAGAUAUUGAUAUAAAAUCAUUGAAAAUAAAAUAAUAGUGCUUUAAGUUUUCCCUAACUUUCUAAACUGGAGUUUUUUAUGUACUUUGAAGUAGCUGCACACAAUGUUUUAUGAUGUUAGUUUUCAGUUAAAGAUACUUUUCACACACAUUUUUUUAUGGUGUCAGUGUAAUUGACUUGUAUUUAUUUUCUGGAUUGCUCUCAAACAAGUUGAGACCUUUUCUUCCACUUUGUUUCAUAAUAUUUUUUAUAGCAACCCAAUAAAAAAAAGUGAUAAAAAUGUGUAUUCAUGGUGAACUAGAACCUUCAGACCAGAUGUAAUCAGGAUUUAUUAGCAUGUUUAUAGAAAGCAGGAUUCCAGUGACAUUGAUGCAGUAAGUUGAAGUGUUGAUAAUAUUAAAGUAACAAGUAAUCUUGAGUUUCAAACACCAGUAAAGAGGGUUAUUUCAGAUAGUUUUUAGGCCAUGUCCGUGUGAAUUACACUAAUAGUUUGUAAUCACUGUCACCUUAUAUACAGACAUUAAUGACAUGCUUUGAUAACUCAGUGAAACCAGAAUUAUGAUAGAAUGUUAUUGUAUUUGACAUGUAAUCUAUAUCCUCAUGGAUUGUAAGGAUUCAUUUGUAACUGAUGUCAAUGUGAAUUAAAACAGUAUGUAUAAGAUUGAUAA